CUUCCGUAGAGGGGAAGGAGAAGAGCAGCAGCAGGUGAAGAUGACGAAGAGCAAGGCUGAUGAGGAAGACUACUGGAACAGCUCCAAGUUUAAAGCUUUCACCUUUGAUGAUGAAGACGAUGAGUUCAGCAGGUUAAAAGAGUCGAGGCAGGCAGUGAACAGCAUCCGGCGGCUGGUGGAGGAAGACGAUGAUGAAGACGAUGUGGAGAAGGUCAGCUGGAGUGGAGAGCCAGUUGGCAGUAUCUCCUGGUCUGUCAAAGAAACAGCGGCGUCCAAUCAGAGGACGGACAGAGAGCCUGCCUUCCCCAAAAUCACCACAGACACGCCGUCGCUCAGCAAGAGCCAAUCAGGAUACUCCCUGAGCUCUCUGUUCAAAGGAAAAACGAAAGGAGGAAACUUCCAGACCUUCACUGACACGCUCAGUGACUCGUCUGUCAGGCUCUAUGCACCUGAGCUCCGAAAACCCAAAUCUGAAUACAAGGAUUAUGUCAGUGAUUGGUCGCCUGAAGAGACGAUUCAGAGACUGCAGCAAGGAAAGACGGCGUCUCUGGAGAAGUUUCGGUCUCUGCAGGAUAAACUCCUGCUGCUGGAUUUCGCCGUCAGCGCUCAUGAUGGAAACGUCAUUACUGCUGUUUUAAUUUAUUUAAAAAGGACUCUAAGUAAAGAGGUUUUGUUUCGGGAGCUGGAGUCCAGACAAACAGCUCUGAGACAUUUCAUCCACUACCUGACUGAGACCAAAGACCAGAGGCUGCUGCUGGAGCUGCUCAGAGCUCUGGGCAGGACAGAGGACAUGGCGCUGCUACAGUAUAAAGAACAUCUGGCCAUUGCAGAUGAAAACAAGAGGCGGGACUUCCUGAAGAGCUGCCUCAGCCUUCCGUUUUCUGCGGAGGACUCAGCUCAUGUUCAGGAUCACUACACGCUGCUGGAGAGACAGAUCAUCAUCGAGGCGACAGACCGGCAGGCUGAGCGCGGAGGGAAGGUGGAAAUCUUCCAGAAGUUUCCCCGACGAGCUUCAAUCCUCAACAUGCCGCUGGUCACGACGCUGUACUACUGCUGCUUCUACCACUACACCGAGCCAGAGGGAACCUACAGCAGUCCGUUGAACAUCCGUCAGACUUUCAAGAUCUCGGAGAAGCAGUACUUUGUGACGGCGUUGGCGGCGAGGGCAAAGCUAAAGGCGUGGUUGGACGUAGACGCUCUGUUCACCAGCAGGAACUGGCUCGGCUUCACCAGGAAGAAAUCUCCACUGAGCUUCCAACGAGUCGUCGACAUCCUGCAGAAAAACUCUGCCCCCACACAGGUGCUGCAAGACUACGUUGGGCUUGUCGACGACGCGGACCUGAGGAUCAGUUUAGCUCAGAAACAUAAAUGUCACGACAUCGUCAUCAACACGUACCGGGACAUGAAGGACCGGCAGCUGUUGCUAGCAUACAGGGGGAAGGUGGGGCGAGGUUCAGCGGAGGAGAGGAAGAUCGACGAGCUGCUCAACAACCAGCAAAUCCGCUGGAAAAACUGACAACACAACGCAGGCUCAGAGACUUUUGUUUCGAGACUAAAGUGAAGGUUUACAGUGUGAGAAGAUCAGGACGACAGCAAAGUCCAGUCAGCUCACAUCUGCUUCGGUCUCUUUGGUCGCUGAGAGGAGCGCUUCAUGUGACUCCUCCCACAGAGCACAGGGCGGGUGGAGCUUAUUUUUCCACCGAGUCACCGCCAUGGCAACGUUGUGUUCUUGUUAAGUCAUCGCUUCAGCAUUCCUUAAUAAUCUGUCCCAUGAACACGAACAAUGAAAAGAAUCAACAGAAUAUUGACCUCCGUCCAGAAAGCCAACAACAGCUAAUUAUUUCGAUCUACACCAGAAUGUGAAGAGUUCCUGCUGCACCCAUACUCCACCUUUUCACCAAGUCUCGUGAAAACAGACACUGACAAACCAACAGACAGUAAUGGAAGCAUACGUCCGUGGUGGAGGUAAAAAUGAGAACUGACAUAACUGAUGUGGUUUGAAAGGAGGAAGGACGAGAAGAGGAAGGAAGGGGCCAUUCUACAUCUGGGGUUACAUUUCAAGUCUUCAAAAAUAUAAUAUUUGACCCGUGAAGGAAAAGCGUGGUCGUGUCACACAGUCUGUUCACCCUGUGUUUCAUUUAACUUAAAAUCUGGCAUCAUAUUCCUGAAGUGACAGCUACACCCAUGUCUGCAUUUUCAGUCGACAACUCGUCUGUGUCAAAAUAAUCAAUAAAUACCAUAAAACUCUGAA